AUGAAUAAUUUAAGGAAAGGGAUUUUUUUCUGUUUUUUUAAAAGUGAAAAAUGUUUUUCCUUUUGUGCAAAAAGGAGUAGAGAGCAUGUACAGCUUGUGGGGAGGAAAGCGGGGGGUGACUUCCGCGGGGCGCGCGUUCGAGAAUUUGCGACAGGUAGGGAGGAAGAGGUAGUGACGAAGUUAAGCAGGUCAAGAAGGAUAGGCAGGGCAAUCGAGCCACGGUCAUCGACCCGCUUUACAGCGCCUGGUGAAGUGUCAUUCAGGGGGGUAGCACACUACUCCAGUGUUGGUGAAACGGAAGCCAGCACACUCGGUGUAGAGGCUCAGCAGCAGAGGGAAGGUGUAGAUCGCGGGGCGAUAUCGGAUGUGGACGUGAGGUGCGGCCUGAGCGUGCGUAGCAACGGUGCUAGAAAUGAUGAGGAGACGGGCCAACGUGACAGUCAAGACGACCCCCAAAAGGGAAAGGACGACGAGCAGGACAACGUUGACGAGAACGACGUGGACCAGGACGAUGUUGACCGGGACGACGUUGACCAGUACGCUAAGUCUUUCUACGAAAUCUACGACGACAACGGGGACACGCAGGACUGCCCGCACCAGUUACGUAGGUUCAUCAGAAAGGAACACAUGGAAGUGAAAAUAAAAAUUAAAUGCUCCAGCCCGAGGAACCUGAACAAACGAGACGUACAGAACGUCAUCGGUGACAUGUUCGACGGGGGUAACGAGGCGGGUAACGAGGCGGACUCUGGGGAGGAAGCGAACCAAGACAACGAAGACAUUUACUACCUCAAUUCGAAUUUCAGAAAAUUCAACUACCCAGACCGAAAUGUUUUGUGGCCUAACCCGCUAGUAUACAACCACCGCCUGCAGCCAUUCCUACUGGAAAGGAAAAAGGACGAAGACAGCAAGACCUUUGAGAUGAACAAAAAAAAUAUCGAAGUAAAUAAAAGGAGGCUUCAGAAUUUGUGGUGUUACAGCUCCAGUUAUGGAGUAGACUGGAACACCCUGGAUGCCCUUUUUUUAAAUUUCAAACAUAAGAAGGAGGAACAUUUGAACAAGUGGGAAGAAAAUAAAAACAGUAUCAUGAUGUAUGCAUCACGAGUCGCCAAGAGGAAGUUAAUAAUGAGUAGAAAAAAGUUGCUAGACAGUCUGGGUAUCGAUUACUCCAGUAACAUUUAUGCUAAUUACGAGGACACGGGGGAAGUGCAAGAAACGUAUAUGGAAGAUGACCAGGAGGUCGAAUAUAAUUUGUUGUUUCCCCGUUCUAUCUUCCGCAACCUGUAUUUCUACUGGAAGGACCGAUACAUGCACUACUACGAAGACACCCUGUGCGAUUACCUCAAGGGAGAAGUGGUGGACUUGCAACUGCUGCGCGAACAGAAUGAGCGGAACCUACAUUUGUCUGGGAGGAAAAUGAUGAGGGAACACUCAUUCAGCUUAAGGCCAGUGAAGGGGUCCAAUUUGUACGUUACGAGAUAUGUGCCCAAGGGGAAGCGACGGGCUAGAACCAAUACCGAUCAAUUUGACUUAACAGGCGUCGGAGAAAAUAUAUAUAACACGGCCCAGAAGGAGAAAUAG